AUGAAAACAUCGCUCUGUUUAGUUUUCCUACUGGUAGCGGCCGCGGCUGCCAGUGAGAAGAAGACCACAGAUAAGAAAGCGGAGCCACUAGAAAAAAAAUUGGACAAACGUGGACUCUUGAACCUCGGCUACGGCUAUGGCAUCCACGGCUUAGAUGUAGGCUACAUCGGUAACGGACAUGGUCUCGGCGGUGCAUACAAUGGAUACAACAUAGUUGAAGAUGGCGGCUAUGGCGGCUAUGGCGGCUAUGGCGGCUAUAGCGGCUAUGGCGGCUAUAGCGGCAAUGGUGGCUAUGGAUUCAAUCUCGGAGAACAUCACGAUGUCACCAAGACCAUCACCAUCGUUAAGGGUAUUCCCGUUGCUUAUCCCGUUGAGAAGCGAGUCCCGUACCCCGUAGAAAAGCCUGUUCCAUACCCCGUGAAGGUGCCCGUACCCCAGCCUUACGAGGUCGUCAAACACGUGCCCGUUCACGUGAAAGAGUACGUCAAAGUCCCUGUACAUGUACCAGCUCCCUACCCAGUUGAAAAGAAGGUACCUUACCCCGUUCACGUUCCCGUCGACAGGCCUUACCCCGUUAAGGUAUAUGUUCCCCAGCCCUACCCCGUUGAGAAGCACGUACCUUAUCCCGUGAAGGUGUCAGUGCCCGCACCAUACCCCGUGGAGAAACAUGUGCCAUACCCUGUUGAAGUUAAGGUUCCCGUUCCUCAGCCCUACCCGGUUGUGAAACAUGUCGGAGUUCCAGUGAAGGUCCCCGUUGACAGGCCUUACCCCGUCCACGUACCUGCUCCUUACCCCGUUGAGAAACCCGUUCCUGUUGCUUACCCUGUUGAGAAACCAGUACCAUACCCGGUACAUGUGCCAGUCGACAGGCCCUACCCCGUGCCAGUUGAUAAGCCCGUGCCCGUCCCCGUGAAGGUCCCUGUCCCACAACCUUAUCUCGUCUACAAGCACGUUCCUUACGCAGUUGAGAAGCCUGUGGCUUACCCAGUCAAAGUACCUGUUGACAGGCCUUACCCCGUACACAUUGAGAAGCAUGUUCCUGUCGCAGUUGAGAAGCCCUACCCCGUACCUGUGAAAGUACCUGUCAUCGUCGGACACGCUCACGGUCAUGACAAUUAUGAUCACUCAAGUUUGAGCUAUGGAGGCUCUUACUACAGCCAUUAG